AUGCUCAGGGCGUUGAUGAAGUUCAACGACAGGGAAAUUAUCGAAAAAUGUGGUCUUGAUGCCUACUUUUUCCUCCGAUACCUGAAAACCCUCCUCAUAAUCUUUAUCCCUAUUGCCACGGUGGUGCUCCCUAUCCUAAUUCCUCUAAAUUAUAUCGGCGGACAGGGCCAAGAAGUUGUUGCUGAUACAGACGACAACGAAUCGACCGACCCGAAUGCCGUUACAGGUCUCGAUACCCUGGCCUGGGGUAAUAUCACAGCCCAAAAUACCGAACGCUAUUGGGCCCAUCUCAUCUUAGCACUCCUCGUGAUUGGUUGGGUCUGCACCGUUUUCUUCUUCGAACUUCGUGUCUACAUCAAAGUUCGCCAAGAUUACCUGACAAGUGCGGAGCACCGCUUGAGAGCGUCGGCGACGACCGUCUUAGUCAACUCUAUCCCCUCCAAAUGGAUGAGUGAAGAAGCGCUCAGAGGUCUGUUUGAUGUCUUCCCCGGCGGGAUCCGAAAUGUCUGGCUCAACAGGGAUAUGCAAGAGCUCCUUGAUAAAGUCCAUGAGCGAGAAAAGGUCCACGCCAAGCUUGAGAAGCGUCAGAAGUUGGAGGAUGAUCAGGCAAAACGCAUGGCCGCUGCUGGCGAGGGCAUCAGCUCUGGACACCAUGAAGAAGACCCCCAAGACAUUGCAGACGUGGUCAGCGACGACCAAUCCACAUCUAACGGUCAUGGCCCCGCUCGCCCCGACUCCUCCAAGGGACUUAGGAUCGCCGAUGUUGGGGCUGGAUUCGUAAAGGUUGGCCAGGGCCUGCUCGGUGGAGUAGGCAAGGCAGGCAAAGGAUUCAAGACUUUCGGCCAGGAGGUGGAAGGUACCCUCGAGACUACGAACGGUUUUGCAACCAUAGCCCCUGCAAGCAUCGCAGAUUCCUCCAAGCCACCCACCCGCGGCUCCGACCAGCGCAGGGUCCAUAUCGCCGAGGAUGCUACUCAUGGCACCUCUGCUCGCACUGCCACUCCCAAUAACCCGUCCCAUCGUCGGGACGCCUCUCAAGAUACCAUGCUCUCGAAAGCACGCCCCUCUGAGUCUCAAGCGCAACCUCCCGCCUUCGGAAAUACCGUUCGCAAGGCGGCAAAUAUGGACGAUAUGUACAUCAAGGAAGACGGAGAGCAGCACGAAUAUCCUGAAUACUACCGCGUACCUGUCAACAAGGAAGCCGCCAAUGCGGAGGAUGCCCCUGCGGCGUGGGAGAAUUGGGUGAGAAAGAAGGAUCGGCCCACUCAUCGGCUCGCCAGGUUCUCAUGGACUCCUGAUUGGUUUUUCGGUAUUCCUGGUGUGAGCCCCAAGGUGGACACCAUCGAUUGGUGUCGCAAGGAACUUGCACGGCUAAACAUGGAGAUCGAAGAGGACCAGAAGCAUCCAGAGAGGUACCCACUGAUGCCGUCGGCCUUUAUCCAGUUCAACCAUCAGGAAAUCGAGAUCUCGCCCAAGGAUGUCAUUUGGGACAACAUGGCCAUCAACUGGUGGCAAGAAUGGGCCCGCGCUGCUCUUGUAACCGUGGUGGUCGUGGGAAUGCUGAUUCUGUGGGCGAUCCCAGUAGCCUUCACCGCCACCUUGGGCCAACUUGACAGCCUCGUGAAGAGGUUUGAGUGGCUCAGCUUCCUAGAGUCGGAUCCCAAGGUGAAGCAGGUUGCGCAGGUAGUCGUGGGUGUUUUGCCUGCCAUCUUCCUGUCCCUCCUCUUGGUUCUUGUGCCGCUUAUCCUCGGGGUCCUCGCCGAGUUCAAAGGCGUCAAGACUGGGUCGCAAAAGACGGAAUUUGUCCAGCUUUACUUCUUUGCCUUCUUGUUCAUCCAGGUUUUCCUCAUCGUUUCCAUCACAUCCUUCUUCGUGGCUAGUGUCGACGAGCUCUUUUCCAAUCUUGCCUCGCUCUCCAAUGUCAACGAAGUCCUCAAUCUGCUCGCCGAAAACCUUCCAAAGGCCGCCAACUACUUCUUCAGUUACAUGAUUCUGCAAGCCUUGUCUACAAGCUCUGGUACGCUACUUCAAAUUGGUGCUCUUCUAACCUGGUACGUGUUGGCCAAGAUCCUGGACAGCACGGCGCGUAACAAGUGGUCGCGCAACACCAAACUUCACCAAAUCAAAUGGGGCUCCUUCUUCCCGGUGUACACCAACUUCGCCUGCAUUGCUCUCAUCUAUUCGGUGGUGGCCCCGUUGAUUUCCAUCUUCGCCAUCAUCACCUUUAGUUUGUUGUGGGUAGCUCAGAGAUACAGCAUGUUGUACGUCACCCGAUUCGAGCACGACACAGGUGGUGUACUGUACCCCCGCGCCAUCAACCAAACCUUUACCGGUCUGUACGUUAUGGAGCUCGCGCUCGCUGGCCUCUUCUUCAUUGUGAGAGAUGAGAACGGCAACGCCGCAUGCACCGUGCAAGGUAUCAUCAUGCUCAUCGCGCUUGGGUUCACGAUUCUUUUCCAGUCCCUCCUCAACAUGUCGUUUGGACCUCUUUUCCGCUACUUACCCAUCACUUUCGAGGAUGAGGCUUGCAUACGUGACGAGGUAUUCGGCCGCGACCAAGCUCGCCGUCUCGGCCUCGUAGACGACCUUGAUGAUGAAGGGGACGAUUUGGACCGCACCAAGCAGGAGACUGGCUCCAAUCUGGGACGAUUUUCGACCCAGGAUGACGACAUCGAGCUCAGGAAGAUGCGUGGUCAAAACGGUGGCCAGCGUGCGGGGACUUUCAACCCCGUGAAGAAGAUUGGUAGCUGGGCGCAUAAGGGUGGUAGCAAAGCUGGACGGGCCCUCACGUUCAACAGACAGGAGCGGCGUCAAUCCCGAAGUGCGGCAGAGUACCGACGCCUCCUCAAGGAGAAGGACGUUGAAAAGCAGCGGGCCAUUGGAGAAGCUCUCUUUGGCGGAUAUCAUGACGAAAUCGAGGAUCUUACGCCGGAGGAGAGAUGCUCUCGGACGACAAUGGCCAACGAGGGUACCGCGCUCGAUAGCAAAUGUCGCGUGGUCUACGGCCGCGCCCCGCCCGACUUCUCCGAAGUCGAUCUGAUCAACCUAUAA